UACUACCUUCUACAUCCCUUCUCCCCCCGGCCUUCCAUCGUCUCCACCUCGGCCAUCGCACCAUGUCGAACCCCAACUCACCUCUGGCCAACGGCGACCAAACAACAACCCCGAUCAAAAUCCCAUCAGAUUCCGAAGAUCUAGUCAAUAUAAUUGAUGAUGACCCGCUUCUUGGUUCCGGAUCUUUUAUCGAUCCAAAUCCAGCCAAUGGAACCCCACAUCAUAUGGAAACCCCAUCAGCAGAAAACAACAAUAACCACAAAAACACUGUAACUGACGACUCUUCAGUUUCAGCUAAAAGAACAAGACCUGAUUGGUUGCCUGAAAAUUGGAAUAUGAUUUUAAGAAAACGAAGCUCUGGUGCUACCUUGGGUACUAUUGAUAGGUACUAUAUUGCACCAACGGGUCAGCGUUUGCGCUCAAAGAAUGAAGUGAUGACCUUUCUUGAAACAGGGAGCAAACGGAAGAAACCAUCAGUUGCAAGUCCUGAUGAUGCUACCCCUGAAGGUUCAGCUCCCCGUAGUAGUAAAAAGAAGACCGUUGCAAAGAAAAAAGUUCACGCAGCUUUCACAUUUGAUUUCAGAACUCCACCAGAAAAGGUUAGUUGGUGUUUGACCUAUGCAAGUGACGAUGUUUGGGCUCCUCGUAUUGGUGAUUGGGAAGUACCUCUGUCCACUAAGCACGAGUGGGCUGCUGUAUUCAAUCAUGUAUGCCAAAGCUAGAUGGCCCAUUGUUUUGCUAGCAGUAGUUAAAUGUAGACUUAGUGAAACUGGUAACUAUCCUUUUUUGAGUUUUCUGUGGUUGUUUCAGUGGAUAACGUAAGUAGUAAAAGGUAACUUGUUGAUUGCAGCUAAA